CAGAUAUUUAGAGGCACAGCACGAGAGCACGUUAGGCCCCGUCGAGAAAGAAUACUUUUUCCCUCAACGAGCGUCGACGUGCAGUCAACUACCGGUCGAAGAUGGCUUGGCUGAAACUGGCAGUCUGUCUGCUCCUAUUUGCGUUGGCUACCGCAAAUCUCCCAGGGAAUCGCCGCCGUGAAACAACAGACAGCUUGAGGAUGUUCUCUGCUUUUCCCCACGCCGUCGCCGUGUUCACAACCAAAAACGACACGUCCUUCAAAUGCCUCAGCACUACAAGAAGGCACUUCGACCCACUGAAAAAGACAGUCACUUACGUUUGGCACUUCAAAAAUUACACUGGUCACCAGAGGAGAGACGUUGUCUUUGACGUUGAUUUUUCAGGCACUCCCGGACAAGGCACCUUUUUUAUAAACAACAACAAAACCCGCCCUUUCACUGCUUUCUACAAGUACUCAGACUACAGAACCUGCGCGGUGAUCAUAACACCCUAUGGAGGCCAUGAUCAUUGCUCUAUGUGGGUAAGAAGGGCAUGGGUGCACAACGUUCCCCAGCACUGCUUGAACAACUACGAAGAAAUCUGUGGAAUCGGAGACAAUCUCGUCGACAGGGACAUCUGCAGAGACGACGACGACUAACAUGAUAUCACGGCAUGCCUUCUGAGCUGAAGACUCUCUGAUGCCGACGCCGUUGAUUGUCUUGCUUAUUCAGAUAAAACACCAUAUAAGAAAGUGGGGCGACAUUGACCAAGGUGUACGGUAAAAAAAAAAAAAGACCGAGUUAAUGGAGACAGAUAUAUGACGAACACGCAUAACCACCGCGGCGGCUUAACGGCUACGCUGUUGCGCUGCCAAGUACGAGGUCGCAAGUUCAAAUCCCGACUGUGGCGGGCGCACUUCGAGGGGGCGAAGUGCAAGAACGCCCUUAUUCCGUGAAUUUAGGUACUUUAAUGGACUCUUGGGGCUCAAAAUGAAUUCGGAGUCGCCCACUAUGGCAUGCAUUAUAAUAAAACGUGCUUUUGACA